CUGCGGUAAAUCCGGGCUUGCGGCGGUUGGCGAGGCUGUGGCCGGGUGGUCCCUGCUGCGCCACAAGCCCCGAGAGCCAUGCAGAUGUCCUACGCCAUCCGGUGCGCCUUCUACCAGCUUUUGCUGGCCGCGCUAAUGCUGGUGGCGAUGCUGCAGCUACUCUACCUGUCGCUGCUGUCCGGGCUCCACGGACAGGAGGAGCAAGAGCAGUAUUUGGAGUUCUUCCCCCCAUCCCCGCGGUCUGUGGACCAGGUCAAGGCGCAGCUCCGCGCCGCGCUGGCCUCCGGAGGCGUCCUGGACACCAGCGGCGACUACCGCGUCUACAGGGGCCUACUGAAGACCACCAUGGACCCCGAUGAUGUGAUCCUGGCCACGCACGCCAGCGUGGACAACCUGGUGCAUCUGUCGGGCCUGUUGGAGCGCUGGGAGGGCCCGCUCUCCGUGUCGGUGUUCGCCGCCACCAAGGAGGAGGCGCAGCUGGCCACGGUGCUGACCUACGCGCUGAGCAGCCACUGCCCCGAUAUUCGCGCCAGAGUAGCCAUGCACCUGGUGUGCCCCUCGCGCUAUGAGGCCGCUGUGCCCGAUCCCCGGGAGCCGGGGGAGUUUGCCCUGCUGCGGUCCUGCCAGCAGGUCUUCGACAAGCUAGCCAGAGUGGCCCAGCCCGGGAUCAACUACGCACUAGGUACCAACGUCUCCUACCCCAAUAACCUGCUGAGGAAUCUGGCUCGUGAGGGGGCCAACUAUGCCCUGGUGAUCGAUGUGGACAUGGUGCCCAGCGAGGGGCUGUGGAGAGGCCUGCGGGAAAUGCUGGGUCAGAGCAAGCAGUGGGCAGGGACAGCGCUCGUGGUGCCUGCCUUUGAGAUCCGUCGAGCCCGCCGCAUACCCACAAAUAAGAACGAGCUGCUGAAGCUCUACCAGGUGGACGAGGUGCAGCCGUUCUAUUAUGGGCUGUGCACGCCCUGCCAGGCGCCCACCAACUACUCCCGCUGGGUCAACCUUCCUGAAGAGACCUUGCUGAGACCUGCCUACGUGGUGCCUUGGCAGGACCCCUGGGAGCCAUUCUACGUGGCUGGAGGCAAGGUUCCCGCCUUCGACGAACGCUUUCGGCAGUACGGCUUCAAUCGCAUCAGCCAGGCCUGUGAGCUGCACGUGGCAGGAUUUGAUUUCGAGGUGCUGAACGAAGGUUUCCUGAUUCAUAAGGGCUUCAAAGACACCUUGGAUUUCCACCCCCAAAAGGAAGCUGAAAAUCAGCACAAUAAGAUUCUCUACCGCCAGUUCAAACAGGAGUUGAAGGCCAAGUACCCCGACUCCACCCGUCACUGCUGAGUCCUUCCCUGCCCUAGUUUGAGAAGUCUCAGCCUCCUCUCCCCUGAGGCUGCCCCUCACGCCUGGUAGGGGUAAGAAAUGUCACUCCACUUGGCAAUAGGAGCUGUGGUGUUGGAACACUGGACUUUGAAUAUGGGGUGCUGGGAUCAAGUCCUAGCUUUACCACUAACUAGCUGUGUGGCCUUGAGCAAAUCCUAUUCCCUCUCUGAGCCUCAGCUACGCCGUCUGUAAAAAGGGAGGUGAGAAUAUCUACCUCACAGAACUGUUGGGAGGCUCAGAUGAGAUGCUAUAUGUGAAAACACUCUGUAAGCUUCGUAAAAAUGUGAAGUGUUAUUAAUAUUAUUACAGUAUUAUUGUUUUUGUUAUUGUUGUUGUUAUUGUUAUUGUUAUUAUUAACGAUCUUGGGUGGGUAGGCAGUAGAAGAGUGAGAAGUAUGAAUGGUGCAGAGGGAGAGGUCUGAGUUCUUAACAAAAUGGGCUUUUUGUAAAGAAAUCAGAUAAAGGCUUUGAAUUUAGUUCUCAGCUUUGGGGCUGAAGCCUAAACUUGCUGGUUCUCCCAGGCCUCGGGAGUUCUGGAGAAGGGAAGGGUCUGCGAGUCCUGUACCCUAGACUAGACUGAGCUCGUUUGUUUGCCUACCAAUGACAAUGUAAAUAAAUGCGUGUUCACAACUACA